GAGACCGACGCCCCCAGCCCCCCCCUCGCCCGGCCGGGACAGGUGCGGACACCCCCGCCCGCGCCCCGCGCCCCGAGCCCCGCGCCCUGCCCCCUGCGCGCACUCGCCAACGACGCGCCUCCGAGGGAUCAACACCCCAUCGCCCCCGGACCUCGCCAUGCGGACCCCAAGGGCGCCUCCUCUCCGCCCGGCCCUACAGAUCCUGCUGCUACUACUGGGGGGAACCUACGGCCUUUUUCCCGAGGAGUCUCCGCCACUUAGUGUGGCCCCCAAGGACUAUCUGAACCACUAUCCCGUGUUCGUGGGCAGUGGGCCUGGACGCCUGAGAUCCCCAGAGGAGACCAGCGACCUCAAUAUUCAGCGUGUCCUGCGGGUUAACAGGACUCUGUUCAUUGGGGACAGGGACAGCCUGUACCAGGUGGACCUGGAACCCUCCACAUCAUCAGAGCUUCGGUACCAGAGGAAGCUGACGUGGCGUUCAAACCCCAGUGACAUCAGCGUGUGUCGCAUGAAAGGCAAACAGGAGGGCGAGUGUCGCAACUUUGUCAAAGUGCUGCUGCUGCGGGACAAUUCCACGCUCUUCGUGUGCGGCUCCAACGCCUUCAACCCCGUGUGCGCCAACUACAGUACCGACACACUGAAGCCCAUCGGGGACAACAUCAGUGGCAUGGCUCGCUGCCCGUAUGACCCCAAACAUGCCAACGUCGCCCUCUUCUCUGACGGGAUGCUUUUCACAGCCACUGUCACCGACUUCUUGGCUAUUGAUGCUGUCAUCUACCGAAGUCUUGGAGACCGGCCCACUCUGCGGACCGUGAAACACGACUCCAAGUGGUUCAAAGACCCCUACUUUGUCCGUGCGGUGGAGUGGGGGAAUCACAUUUACUUCUUCUUUCGGGAGAUUGCCAUGGAGUUUAACUAUCUGGAGAAGGUAGUGGUGUCCCGCGUGGGACGGGUGUGUAAAAACGAUGCGGGAGGCUCACCCCGAGUGCUGGAGAAGCAGUGGACAUCCUUCCUCAAAGCGCGGCUCAACUGCUCGGUGCCCGGCGACCCCCACUUCUACUUCAAUGUGCUGCAGGCUGUCACGGGUGUGGUCAACCUGGGGGGCCGACCCGUGGUCCUCGCUGUCUUCUCCACCCCCAGCAAUAGCAUCCCUGGCUCAGCUGUAUGCGCCUUCGACAUGACUCACGUGGCUUCUGUGUUCGAGGGUCGCUUCCGAGAGCAGAAAUCACCUGAGUCCAUCUGGACGCCAGUCCCGGAAGAUCAGGUGCCCCAGCCACGUCCUGGUCGCUGUGUAGUUCCUGGCAUGCUUUACAACACCUCCAGUGCUCUCCCAGAUGAGAUCCUCAACUUCGUUAAGACGCACCCGCUGAUGGACGAGGCGGUGCCCUCGCUGGGUCAGGGACCCUGGAUCGUGCGGACACUCCUGUGGCACCAGCUGACGCGCGUGGCUGUGGACGUGGGCGCCGGCCCGUGGGGCAACCAGACGGUGGUCUUCCUGGGCUCCGAGGCUGGCAAGGUCCUCAAGUUCCUCAUCUGGCCCAAUGCCAGCUCCACUGGCACUUCGGGGCCCAGCGUCUUCCUGGAGGAAUUUGACACGUACCGGCCGGACAGGUGUGGACGACCCGGAACCAACGGGGAGUCCGGACAGCGGCUCCUGAGCCUGGAGCUGGACGCGGCCUCCGGGGGCCUAUUGGCUGCCUUCCCCCGCUGCGUGGUCCGGGUGCCCGUGGCCCGCUGCCAGCAGUACUCGGGGUGCAUGAAGAACUGCAUUGGCAGCCAGGACCCCUACUGUGGUUGGACUCCGGACGGAUCCUGCAUCUUCCUGAGCCCCGGAACCAGGACCACGUUUGAGCAGGAUGUGUCUGGAGCCAGUACGUCAGGCUUAGGGGACUGCACCGGCCUGCUGCGGGCCAGCCUGUCGGAGGAGCGCGCGGGGCUGGUGUCCGUGAACCUGCUGGUGACGUCGUCGGUGGCGGCCUUCGUGGUGGGCGCCGUGGUGUCGGGCUUCACGGUGGGUUGGUACGUGGGGCUGCGGGAGCGGCGCGAGGAGGCGGCCAGGCGCAAGGACAAGGAGGCAAUCCUGGCGCACGGCGCGGGCGAGGCGGUGCUCAGCGUCAGCCGGCUGGGGACGGAGCGGCGCGGGGCAGGGCCCGGAGGCCGGGCCGGGGGCGUCGUCGUCGGGGGCGCAGGCGGCGGCCCCGGGGGCGCACCCCCGGAGGCCCUGCUGGCCCCAUUGAUGCAGAUGCAGAUGCAGAACGGCUGGACGCCGGCCACGCUGCUGCAGGGCGGGCCCCACGACCUGGACUCGGGGCUCCUGCCCACGCCCGAGCAGACACCCCUGCCGCAGAAGAGGGUGCCCACCCCGCACCCCAACGCGCACCCGCACUCACACCCGCACCCCUUGGCCACGCGCGCAUGGGAGCACGGUCCGGGCCUGCUCAGCGCCUCGGCCUCUUCGUCCCUCCUCCUGCUGGCCCCGGGACGGGGCCCCGAGCAGCCGGCGACCCCCGGAUCGGCCCUGGAUGCCCCCGAAGGCCGUUUCUAUGCGCCCAGGCCCGGCCGCGCGUCCCAGGGCGCGGGAGGCGAUUUUGCGCUCACUCCACAUGCCAGCCCCGAUCGCCGGCGCGUGGUGUCUGCGCCCACGGGGCCCUCGGACCCCGGCUCGGACCCGCGGCCCUGGAGCCCACCCGCGCCCACCGGCAGCCUCCGGAGACCCGGGCCCCCCGGGCCCCCCGCCGCCGCUCUCAGGCGCACCCACACCUUCAACAGCGGAGAGGCCCGCACUCGCCCCACGCGCCCCAUGCGCCCCACCUCGGACCUGGCACACCUGCUGGCCUACGGGGGCACGGACAGGACUGCGCCCCCCGGGCCCUAGGCCUAGAGGGCCAGCGGUGGGGAUGGGGGAACUCCUCACCGCCACCCCACUACUGUCACCUGGGCGCUCGCCCAGCCCUGGGUUCCAGAAACCCACACCAGGAAAGAAAGAUCUAGUAGGCCCAGGGGUGGUGCUCCCGAGGGUCCCUCCUCUCUCCAUGAGGAUUGGGGAAGGGUCUCCCCUCUCUCUCCACCCGCCGAAGCACAAGUUCUUCGACCGACCGACCGUCCACCUCUCCCUCCACCCACCCACUUACUGUCCCCCGGCUGCAGGAUACUGUUUGAGGCAGUUUAUGGGCCGGGAGGAGGGAUGGAGAAAGGGAAGCAUCCCAGGGUGGGCCUGGAGAAAGAAACCCUGUGCAGAAGGCGCCUUUUGAGUUUGUUUUCCAACUUGGCAUUUCUUUAGCAGUUUUUAUUUUUUUCCGGGGGAUUUGGGGUUUUAUUUUGUUGUUUGUUUUGUUUGUUUGUUGAUUUUUUUCUAACAAUUGCACAACACUCCGUUUUUGGGGUGAAAGGCCGGGGGUGGGGGGUGCGUGCUUGGAGGCGCGGGGCGAAGGCCGAAGGGGGGAAUCAUUGUCCCGUGUGGUGUGGGAGAGGGGCUUCUAGCUGCAGACCCAAGGAGCCCUCCUCUCCUCUCCCCAACACGGGGACCCUCCCUCACCCUCCCCCGUCGAGGCCUCCCUCACCCCAGGCCUCUGCGCUCCCCCUCCGGGAUCCCGGCGUGUGUGCGCGUGUGUGUGUGUGUGUGUGUGUGUGUGUGUGUGUGUGUGCGUGUGUGUGUGUGUAAGCAUGCAUGCUGUGUUCCUGUGCAAGGAGCCGGGGACGGACCUGUGUGUCUGUCGGGUGCUGGGCGUGUGGCGUGUGCCUGUCUGUGUGUAAGCAGGGGGCGACCCCCCCCCCAACGUAUCCCUGAAUGUUGGUUGAACCAACGCAGCGGCAAGGCUUCCAGAAGCCCAGGGGAGAGGGGGUCACCAAGGUGCUGCUUCGAAGUUUGAAGGGGAGAUGGGCCUGGGGGUGUCAGGGUUUCUCUGCAUCCUCCCAUCAGCCCAGAUGCCCUGUUGGCACCAGUUGCCCGAAGGGCUCCUAUUCGGGGGUUUGGGCAAAGCGGGGGACCCCCCUGUAAAUAAGGCCCAAGGAUGGUGUCGCCCACCCCUUGUGACAUCCUGACCGCGGCUGACCAUGCAUGCCAGUGGCCACGGAGUCCCGGACUCUCUGACGUCCCUCAGCCCCCCAUCAAUAAAACUGUUUACAACCACCUGCA